CAAACUUUCUAAAUAUCAAUAGAUGUUUUUGGCUUAAUUGCAGCCUAUUGAAACCCCGAAAUUGUCCUCAACUGUAUGCGCACGGUUAUUUAUGAGUUGGCUCAGACUUUUCGUAUUGGAAAAUUAUCACGGAUGGUCCAUAAUUCAGCUUCAAAGUCCACUAGAUCGAAGACCUAUUCUGAGUCUUCCUCCUACAAGAUUUCUGUCUUCAUUCAAGGUCCACAAUUGUCAGAUAAGCAUUGCCCUGACUGAGAGGAAGCAAAGCUGUAUCCGCCAUAUUCAUGGAAAAGCUUCAGCUCCACAAGAUCCAUAUCCCUCUAUUUCCACUUCUUCUUUUUCUCCUUCACUUCUUUUCCCUUCAGUUUCUGUCUUUGGCUGCUUACACUCCCCCAACCAAGUACUUCAUCAACUGUGGUUCAGAUACCAACGUGAACGCCGCCCUCCGGAAUUUCGUCGGGGACUCGAAUUCCAGUGACUUGAUUUCCACUUCCGUUUCCCUUACAGGGCAAAGCAGCCCCGUGAAAGACAGCAACCCGUCCCCAGGCGCAUCACUGCUCUAUCAGACAGCAAGAAUUUUCCGACAUAACUCUGCGUAUGAGUUCAACAUCGAAGACCCUGGUACCUAUUUUGUACGUCUCCAUUUCUUUGCUUUCUCCUCCCCAAGUACUCUGACUAAUCUCUCCACAGCUCUUUUUGACGUGUCGGCAUCUGGGUUUUCUUUGUUGCUUAAUUUCACUCCCGAAAACAAUAGCAACUCCCCUAUACUAAAGGAAUUCUUACUCACCAUCAAUUCUCGAAAAUUCAAAUUGUACUUUGUUCCUCGAGGAUCAUCUUUUGCAUUUAUAAAUGCCAUAGAAGUCUUCCUUGCCCCUCCUGAUCUCAUCGUUGAUGAUGCCCAACAUGUUAGUCCUGCAGGAUUAAGUAACAAUAACUACAAGGGUGUGCUCUCGAAGACUUUACAGAGCAUUUACAGGAUCAACGUUGGAGGCCCUACACUCACACCAGAUAAUGAAUUGCUAUGGAGAAACUGGGUUCCGGACAAUGGGUAUAUCUAUAAUCCAAGCGCUGCCGUCGAUGCCCCAAUUCACUCCGGUAGGCCUAAUUACCAGGGAAGCGUCACUGAAUAUACUGCCCCAGAUCUGGUCUACCAGACUGCAAAAGAGAUGAAUAUAAUUAAUUCUAGCAGUCAAUCCAAUCUUUUCAACAUAACAUGGUCUUUUAAUGUUACGAAGAGUGCUGUACAUCUCGUUCGAUUUCACUUCUGCGACAUUAUUAGUACAUCACUUGCCACUCUGACAUUCAAUCUUUAUAUUUAUGGUAACUUCAGUAAGAAGAUCGAUUCCUAUGAACAUGCUAACCAGUUAGCUGAACCUUUUUAUCUCGAUUUUGUGGUUGAUUCUGAUGAAUCUGGAUUUAUGAAUAUCAGUAUAGGCCCUCGGACAGAUUCUGAUCAGAUAAAUGCCUUUCUGAAUGGGCUGGAAAUAAAGGAGAUACUGACGAAUAAUUCAGGUUCAGUUCCUACAGUGAGCGCGCCCAAGAAUAACCAUGUUUCUCUUGUAGUUGGUUCGGUUAUUGGAGGGUUGGUUCUAAUCUGCAUUUUGGCGGUUGUACUCUCUUUGGUUUUCAAAAGCAGGAAGCCGAAGCCUGCUGAAAAUUCAGACUGGUCACCAGUACCUGUAUUUGGAGGAGGGAGUUCUCACAGCAGGGUGACAGAGGGAACCGUAAAUGGCUCCCUUGGCGCCAAUUUGAAUCUCGGGUUGAAGAUGCCUUUUGCCGAAAUUCAAUCUGUGACAAACAACUUCGAUAAGAAAUUACUGAUUGGUAAGGGUGGUUUUGGGAUUGUCUAUAGAGGAACUUUGAGGGAUGGCAAGAAAGUUGCCGUGAAACGGAGUGAGCCCGGGUCAAACCAAGGCCUUCCGGAAUUCCAAACGGAGAUCAUGAUUCUGUCCAAAAUUCGCCACCGCAAUCUUGUUCAACUGAUUGGGUAUUGCGACGAGAGGUCGGAGAUGAUUCUUGUCUAUGAGUUCAUGGAAAAAGGGACUUUAAGGGAUCAUCUAUACGCUUCUGACAAGCCUCGUUUGCCUUGGAAGCAAAGGCUUGAAAUUUGCAUUGGUGCAGCAAGGGGUCUUCAAUACCUCCACAAAGGUUCAGCAGGGGGCACCAUCCACCGUGAUGUUAAGUCCACCAACAUCUUACUUGAUGAGAAUCUUGUCGCUAAGGUUGCCGACUUCGGCCUUUCGAAAACAGGUCCUCUGGAUGAAACCCAUGUCAGCACAGUUGUCAAAGGCACUUUUGGUUAUCUCGAUCCCGAGUAUUUUAAGACCCAACAGUUGACAGAAAAAUCUGAUGUAUACUCAUUUGGCGUUGUUCUUCUUGAGGUGCUGUGUGCAAGGCCCCCAAUAGAUCCAAUGCUUCAAAGAGAGCAGGUGAAUUUAGCGGAAUGGGCAAUGAUACGCAAGAAGAAAGGGUUGCUUGAAGAGAUUAUCGAUCCUUUGGUGAAGGGUCAGAUUGAUCCCAACUCCCUAAGAAAAUUCAUCGAGACAACAGAGAAAUGCUUACAAGAAAGUGGUACUGAUCGGCCUAAUAUGUCUGAUGUUCUAUGGGACUUGGAAUAUACGUUACAGCUUCAGCAAAAUGCAAUGGGGAGAGAGCCUCAUGAGGACAGCAUGACCAAUUCCUCAGUAGCAUUCGUGAUGCCCAAUGUUCAGCGGUUUCCUUCGAUUAGCAUGUCGUUUGAGAGAGAUGAUACGCCUAUUCUUAUGGAUGAUAGCUCCUACGUUAAAGCGAGUGAAGUCUUCUCCCAGAUGAGAAUUGAUGAUGCUAGAUAAUUAUAUUUGGUUGUUUCUCUUAGUUCUCUAGCCUCUACAAACUAUGUUAGCUAUGCCUUUGUGAACUUCAUAAUUUGUUUUUUGGGUUGUAAUAUUAUCGCUAGCUGCUUCUAAUUGUGAAUAUCUGUUGUAAUUUGGACUA